AUGGAUAUCUUAUUGGCGCUUCCCCAGCCGGAACUAUUCAAAUCCGCGGUGAUUCCGUUCUUAGCGAAUCACAAUAUAAUCACGUCGGAAGCGAUUCUCUCCAACUUGCACUCAAUCGUCUACGUUGCUCUGUUUUACCAUAUGUGGUUUCUCUUCGGUAAGUGGAUCUUGUUCCCACCUUUGGUCAGAUGGAAGCUGAACUACGACCAAAAGCACGGCGCCCGGAAAGACGAAAAGACAACUCCAGAACGGUCUGCUCAACAUUAUGAAAAGAAGUACACUUCCUCAGUCAACCAAAGUUCUGUUCAUUUGAUAUCCCUUAUGCAAAGCAUAGUAGUCUUGUACUACUCCCUGAAGUUCUUGCUCGAUCCAAAGGCCUCAGCCGAGCCCUACCAAACCUCACAUUCCCGAGUGUUUACGGAAAAUCGGGAAACCCAAGUCAUUUGUAUCUAUGCCAUUGGUUAUUUCGUUUGGGACAUAUACAUCUCCGCCAUGUAUUCCACCUUUCCCUUCGUUGUGCACGGAAUAGUUUCUACAGUCGUGUUCUGCAUCGGAUUAAAGCCGUACAUCCAAUACUAUGCGCCAGUGUUCAUGAUGUUCGAAUUGUCCAACCCAUCUUUGAACUUCAGAUGGUUCGGUAUCAAAUUCUUACCCCAUAAAAACAAAUUCUGCUCGCUAUUGCUUCUGUUGAACAAUAUGAUGCUCAUGGUCAUCUUCUUUUUAGCCAGAAUUGCCUGGGGGUGGUUCCAAAUCGGCAAGUUAUGCUACGAUUUUUACCAGGUGCGCAACGAGCCCGGUUUCCUAGUCUUCGACACCAUCGUCAUCCUUGCAGGUAACUUCGUACUGGACGUCUUAAAUGUCAUCUGGUUCUCCACUAUGGUUUCUGUGGCUUUGAAGGUCUUCAAGAAGGGGGAAUCCGUAGAUAAAGUUACCGAAAAUGAAAACUGA